AUGACAUUUCAAACCAUCUGUGCGUAGAAACGUUUUUCCAAUUUUUUCUAUACUGUGUUAUGUUUCAAUAAAAAAUUCUUAAUUGUAAAAAUUUAUAGAAGUAUUGAGUGCAUAAAAGAAAAAUACGUUGUAAAUAAAAAACGGGGAAGAAAAUAUGAACGUUCGGUUACUAAGCCGAUUGCGGCAUCGUUGGAGUGUUUUAAGGCGUUAUGCGACAAAACCCUCUUCCCUGUCGGGUGAAGAAGCUUCUACUGGAGUUGGCAGUGGCACAGGCAUUGGAAAUAUAACAGGCAGGGCUCGAGGCGACGCCAGUUCUCUCACUGUAAACCAACCAUCCACGAAAGUUGUCACCCACCUGCCGCCCCUGACAGAUCCAAUUCCAAAUCUCUCUGAAGUUGAGUAUGCAAGACCUUUAGCCGAAAGCAGUCUUACCCAAGUUACCACACUUGCUAACGGGCUGCGUGUUGCGUCUGAACCAAGAUUUGGGCAGUUUUGCACUGUUGGGCUUGUGAUUGACUCAGGCCCACGUUAUGAGGUUACAUACCCUAGUGGCGUUUCUCACUUUCUUGAAAAGUUAGCGUUUAAUUCAACUGAAAAAUUUCCUAACAAAGAUGCCAUUCUGAAGGAGUUGGAAAAGAACGGAGGUAUUUGUGAUUGUCAAAGUUCGCGGGAUACACUCAUUUAUGCAGCAAGCAUAGAUAGUAGAGCAAUUGAAUCGGUUACUCGCUUACUUGCUGAUGUGACUUUGCGACCAACGCUCCAUGCCGGGGAGGUAAGUGCCGCUCGAAAGGCGGUGCAGUUUGAGCUUGAGACUCUGGGAAUGCGACCAGAGCAGGAGCCUAUUUUAAUGGAUAUGAUACAUGCAGCUGCAUAUCGGGAUAACACUCUUGGGCUACCAAAACUUUGUCCUUCUGAAAAUCUUCCACUCAUAGAUAGGGAUGUGCUACUGAACUAUUUAAAGUAUCACCACAGCCCACAGCGUAUGGUAAUAGCCGGAGUUGGGGUUAAUCACGAUGAGCUAGUUCGGAACGUAGAGAAAUACUUUGUGGAAGAAAGUGCUAUUUGGGAAACACAAAGUAUUAAAGGGACCGGAGCUACCGAGGUGGAUGCUUCAAUCGCACAAUACACAGGUGGAUUGAAAAAGGAACAGUGUGAAAUACCGAUCUAUGCAGCUACUGGCCUUCCGGAGCUUGCUCACGUUGUAAUAGGACUGGAAGGUUGUUCUCAUCAAGAUAGUGAUUUUGUUGCGUUGUGCGUUUUGAACAUAAUGAUGGGAGGUGGCGGUUCGUUCUCAGCUGGAGGUCCUGGGAAGGGCAUGUAUUCUCGACUGUAUACAAAUGUGCUUAACCGCUACCAUUGGAUGUAUAGUGCUACAGCUUACAAUCAUGCCUAUGCUGACACUGGCCUAUUCUGUAUACAUGCCAGUGCACCCCCUAAUAAUGUGCGCGACAUGGUUGAAGUUGUUACUCGCGAACUUGUUAAUAUGGCAAGUGAACCAAGUAAAGAUGAAUUGAGCCGAUCCAAAAUUCAGUUGCAGUCAAUGCUAUUAAUGAACCUGGAAUCCAGACCAGUUGUUUUUGAAGACGUGGGCAGACAAGUUUUAGCGACAGGUCAUCGUAAGCGGCCUGAGCACUUUAUACGUGAAAUCGAAAAAAUCAAUCAAGGCGAUAUCCAACGAGUAGCACGUCGUUUGCUAGCCACGCCUCCCUCAAUGGCUGCCCGAGGUGAUAUAGGAAAGUUGCCGGAAAUGAAAGAAGUACAAAAUGCUCUCAGUAACGGUGGCCGCUUAUAUUCACGUAGACUUUCUCUGUUUAAGUGAAUUCCCCAAAUACAUUUUAGAGGAGUUCAAGUCAUUUGAAUGAUAGGUAAUGUAAGAAAAUACAUAUAAAUGAUUUGAAAAUAUAUGUAAGAAUAUGUGUUUCAUUAAACUGAAGCCUUAUAACCGAAUUUGUCAUUUUCAUAUUGUACCGCUUAUCUUAAAUGACAAAAGUUCAGAUAAAUUAUGUAAUGGAUUCAGUUAUAGGACUGAAUUUUAUUCGGUUUGUGAGAGUGUAGUACAUACGUACAUAUGUAUAUGUAUGAUUAAAAUGCAAACGAUAAGUUUUGGUUAAAAAAGCGUUUUUCUGUAAAUUGUGAAUUGGUUAAUAAAUCGGCCAUACUUUUAGAACA